AUGCAGAAGAAGGUGGAAGAACCUCUACCAAUUAAUAUAUUUACUACAGGUACAUCAACAACCGGCUUAAAUAGUGAAUUUCUGUUUUCACAAGUUCUUAUGGAUUGUCUUACUCGACUACAAUACACUGAGGCUGAUAAAAAAGAAUUGAUUGAUCUUUGUAAACAACAAUAUAAAGGUAAUCGUGUUGAACUGAAUAAUAUUUGUGAAUUUCAAGAGAAGUAUUUAUCUAAAAAUGCUUUAUGGUGGUACACGCAAGAAUCAUUCUUUUACAAGACACUUAAUGCUGCUCUUCGUGAACCAGCUGUUCAUACAAUAUUUCUUUUUCGUAAAUACAUUACUGAUAUUCAAGAUCAAUUGAAAAACUAA